GUUGACAUUUUCUCUCUCACGACGCUCAUGAUGCGUCUGACUCGCGCUGUCCCGGAAAACACUCGGAGGCAUCCGGAGUCAUUCUAUUAUUACAUCUCCAUUGGUUAACGCUAAAUGACGUAGAUUUUCAAAAUGGAAUCAGCCUGGAGGUUGUUGCCAAAUAGGACCAAGCAAAGCAACAUGAGGCUGUGCGCUUCUGUUGCGUAUUGCUCUGCAUGACCAACGUGUCCGUAGGUUGUGGUGGACAUUAAUGCUGCCUCUCUGCACACUUAAGCCGUUAUGUGAGCUCAUAGAUAUGAUCUUCACUGUAUCAUCUUUUCAGAAUCUUUCUAGCUCACCGCAAGCUGUCUUAGGCUAAUUCCUCUAGCUUGGACUGGUGUCGCCGCUUCUUUCUUGUGAUACAAACGCUCUGACUCCCCAUCGUUGCUUAUCUCUUGCGCGGAGAAGAUAACAAUGUCUAUCUAUGAGGCUGCCUUUGCACAAACGGCAGAGUGAUGGUAUACGAUUACAAGACUCGUCAUGGAUGAGACAAACAUAACACUUGCUGAUCAACACAUCCGCUCAUUUUUGCCCGAGCCAUAGUAAGGGCUUCCGAGAAGGCGUCCUGCCAUCAGUCCUUCAGUGUAUUGAUGAUCAAGGGUGCAUUGACUGGCUCAAAUUAACAGGCUUAUUCACAAACUCGAUUACGCAGUAUCUCGCGGUGUCAAAGAAGACCAUUAUUGGUUUCUCGGAGUCUCUACCCCGAUGCGCGGUUCGUAUGGUCGUUCUAACUUCUUUGUUGCGGCUAGAGGCGAAUCACGUAGGGACCAACCCACCGUCUAUCGACCCGAAGACAUCCUCGGAGAGACAGGCGCUCGAGAGGGCCCACCGCAUGCGCGUCUUAGUUCAGGGCUGGCGAUGCUCCUACCCGAGUCCCCCGAGGAAGCGCAUGCCUUAGCUGCCGUCGUCGUAAGAUGAGGUGCGAUGGCGUGAAGCCUGUCUGUGGACAGUGUAUCCAUAUGGAACGAGAAUAUGAUUGCGAGUACACUGAUGGGCCUAACUUGAGCCCUACCCAGGUGCUUGAGCGCAAUAUUUCGCAGCUGGAGGCUCGCAUACGGCAAAUAGAAGCGGCACCUCCAACUGCUAGUACGUCUGCCAGACCAUCACGUCUUUCUGGAGCCUCUGGAGGUUCUGAAUCCCAAAGUUCUCCGAUUCGGGAGCGAGAAAGUGCUAGCAUAUCUGAUCCUUCAGACAUCGCGGUACCAAGCAAUCGGGCAUUGGACCCUCACCCAGCAGUUAUACGGUUACUCGUCAGCAUCUUUGUACCCCUUGCAUCUCAGUUGGGAUUCUUUCUAAAUGUACCCCGUUUCCUGGAUGCAGUAUACAUGGCCGAUGCUGCCCUGCGUAGGUCUCGACUAUCCCCUUGCCUGCUUGAUGCGGCACUGCUAUGGGGAUCACGUCUAUCUACGAAUGCGUCAAUUAGAGCCUAUGAAACAAAGUUACUGGCCCGGGCAGUUCAAUCAAUUUCCGAUGCCCUCCCCCAGGUUGCAUCUCUUCAACAUAAUGCAGUUCACAUCAUACAAGCAGAGGUCCUACUUUCCAACUAUUUCUUCUGUCAAAACCGAUAUCUAGAAGGAACUUACCAUUGCAGUGCAGCCGUUGCUCUCGCCAUGAGCUGCAAAGUGAAUCGCAUUCGAAGUUCUACAGCCGAUGUGGAAAGCGCCGACACUGCACGACCUACAAGCUUCAAUCUCCCUCCACCCGUAGACGCUGUAGAAGAAGGCGAGAGGAUCUGCGCUUUCUGGUCGGUGUACACACUUGACAGGAGUUGGUCGGUUGCUCAGGGCGCCGUGGCUAAUGAUGUAUUCGGCGGAGUACAGGUCGAUACCCCAUGGCCUGUAGAAAUGUCUGUUUACGAAGAGCGCGGCCUACCUGCUGAUUUUCGAGGAUCUAACACCUUAUUCAUGUUCUUCAACGAUCCAUCUCCUCAGUUCUCCGGUGACGGUCUCUCAUCCCUAGCACUCCGUGCUAAAUCUGCUGCUUUGUUUGAACAGGCGACUCGACUCGCAUCCCAGUGGUCUCCAACGAUGCAUAAUUUCGAUGCGUUCUAUUUGGACGUCUUGCGCCUUGAUAACUUAAUUCGUCACUUCAUAGAGACGCUCUUGCCUCUUAACAGCCUCGAAGCGCCAGUGGCACCUGAAACAGCGAUGGAUCUCCUGGUGACCCAUACUUACGCACAUGCUGCUGCUAUACGCCUUCAUACUAGGUUCGAGAUCGCCGAUAGCAUAUUAGACAGGCGAGACUUAUCUGCAGCUCGAGCCGCGGUGGCCGUCCUUGAUUGUGUGAACCUGGCAGAUCUUUCAUUCCUUGACCCUAUAAUGGCCAUGUUGUGGACGGUAGUAGGGCAGGCACUAAUUGAAUCCAUCACGCAACUCGGCGGGGAUGCAUUUGUUGACCAACGGCAGGCCUUGGUCCACUCACUAGUGAGAAUCCUGAACGCCUUGAGAAAGUUUACACCUGUCUGUCCUUUGAUGACGUCGCAAGCUUCGAUUCUGAAUGGAGAGAUGCAGAAUCGUGGCAUCCUGUAACGUCGCCUCACCAUGACUUAGCCGAUUGGGCUGUAUAUUCUGCUUCCUUCCACCCAUACAUCUUAAUGCGUAGCUAUAUCGUGUAGAAUAAUCAUUUGCCAAAGACAGUCCUCCUGUUCUUAUCCCCCUUUACAUUUUUGGCCGUGCACGACGGCGAUCGAUC